CGCCUCAAUCAUCAUGGCAAAGAAGGCCAAGGCUCGUUUGAUGCAUGUGCGCCUCAUCUCCAUGGCCAUGACGGGCUUCUUCUACACCUUCAAGCGCCCCAGGACCGCUCCCAUGAUGAGCAUGUUGAAGUAUGAUCCUAUUGUCCGCAAGAAGGUCUUGUUCCUCGAGACGAAGAAGAGGAAAUGAUAUCUAUUCCGAUCCUGCUCCAUGAUACCCACGAUCCGUCGGUUCCGCCUCGAGAGAACUGAUCUGCCCAGGUUGGCCAGAGAAGGGGAGAGAGGGAGAAAAGAAAGAAACGCUUUUCCGCCCAUCGCGGCCAACACCAUUUGUAACACUAUACGACAGAGCAUUGUUGGAGUUUGGGCCCUUGGAUCACCUCGCCUCACGAGAUGCGACGUACAUGUACAUCAUAAACCACAAUUUCACGUUACACCAUGCAUGACUGCAAUUGAUGACAUGUCUCUG